UAACAUUUCAAAUUCAGAAAAAUGGAUCCGAAUCCUAAACCGGCGAUUUCAGGCAUUGAUAAGGCCGUGUUCGAGCAUCGCUCGUUCGCUAGAAUCGGGUUUCUGGGAAACCCUAGCGAUGUUUACUUCGGACGUACGAUCUCAUUUACCAUUGGUAAUUUCUGGGCUUGGGCUAAGCUCGAACCAUCCGAUCAUCUUUUGAUCAAACCUCAUCCAUUCCAUGAUCUUGUCCAGUUCGAUUCUCUCGAUAAUCUCGUUUAUCGAUUGGAAAAUGAUGGAUACUAUGGAGGUGUAAGGUUGCUAAUGGCGAUUUGCAAAGUAUUCCGCAACUAUUGCAAAGAUAAUGGUAUACAACUUCACGAAAAAAACUUCACUCUAUCUUAUGAUACCAAUAUCCCUAGACAGACGGGGCUUUCGGGUUCUAGUGCCAUUGUAUCUGCUGCUCUUAGCUGCCUUCUUGACUUCUACAAUGUCAGGCAAUUAAUCAGAAUCGAAGUCCGACCUAACCUUAUUCUUAAUGCGGAGAAAGAACUUGGUAUUGUUGCUGGUCUUCAAGACCGUGUUGCUCAAGUCUAUGGUGGUGGUCUUGUUCACAUGGAUUUUAGUAAAGAGCAUAUGGAUAAAGUUGGAUAUGGAAUUUAUACUAUAAUGGAUAUCAAUCUUCUUCCUCCUCUGCAUCUCAUCUAUGCUGAGAAUCCAAGUGACUCUGGCAAGGUACAUAGCACGGUUCGUAGAAGGUGGUUAGAUGGUGAUGAGUUCAUAAUAUCAUCAAUGGCAGAAAUUGCAAAACUAGCUGAAGAAGGUCGAACUGCAUUACUUAAAAAAGAUUACUCUAAACUUAAGGAACUCAUGAACCGUAACUUCGAUCUUCGAAGGAGUAUGUUUGGAGAUGAAUGUUUGGGAGCUAUGAACAUAGAAAUGGUGGAAGUGGCUCGUAAGAUCGGAGCAGCUGCAAAGUUCACUGGAAGCGGAGGAGCUGUUGUUGUUUUCUGCCCCGAUGGACCAUCUCAGGUCAAACUCCUCGAAGAAGAAUGUCGAAAAUCUGGAUUUAUAGUUGAGCCAGUACAACUUGUGCCUACCCGCCUCACCAAACCAUUGAGAAACAUCCAUAAACCCUACUUGGCUUCUCUCUUCCUUUCCACAACAUCUACUCGAUACCCUCUUCAAUACGACAUGAUCAUCAAUCGUCCCACACAAUCUUCUCUCUCUCAAACCCGUCGUCGAACUCCUCGAGCCAUCGAAUCCGGUGCACCUGACUCAGCUGAGCCAGAAUUCGAUUCAUGGGUCGACAAUAAACUAGCUUUAGAGCGUGAACAGGGUCGACCCGGUUCAGGAGAUCCGGAAAUGGAUAAAGCCAAGAGGAAAUACUAUAGUAAGAGAAGGAAGAGAUUAUAUGGGUCUGAUUCUGAAGACGAGAGCAGCCGAAAAUCAGAUGAAGGAUUCGUUGAAUUGAAACCUGAAGUUGUGGAAUUUGAUAGGUUACAUCAGAGAGAAGAGGAAUUGUAUUUUUAUGAUACUUUUGCUUAUCCAUGGGAGAAAGAUAAGCAUUAUAAGAUGGUGUAUCAGUUAGAGAAGAAGUAUUAUCCUGAUCAGUGUUUAGAUAAGGCGUUUCUGCAACCUGGAGAAGUUUCGAAGAAGGGUGGUGAUGAUUCUGGGAAAGUUAGAGGGAAGAAGAAAGUAGUAGCAGCACUUGGUGGGAAGAGAAAUGAGGUUAAACGAAUUGGUAUGGAGAAUUGUGUUGAGGAUGAUGACAAGUUGGUGUUUUUUGAUGAAGUGAAGGAGAAGAAGAAGGUAGAGGAUGAUGUUGUUGUUACUGAGAAGAAAGUGGAACAGUUCUUUAAGGGUUUAACGAAAUCUCCCAAUGAGAAAGGUGUGGCUAGUGGUGGUGGUGGUGAUGGAGAACCUUUUCUUGUUACGAGAAACGGUGAACUUCCUCCUAGAUGGGAUUGUCCUAACGGUACAGUGCUUUUGGUGAACAAACCCAAAGGAUGGACUUCCUUCACUGUCUGUGGUAAGCUACGACGAUUGGUCAAAGUCAAAAAGGUGGGUCAUGCUGGAACACUUGAUCCCAUGGCUACGGGUCUGUUAAUCGUAUGCAUUGGUAAAGCUACUAAGGUUGUUGACAGAUACCAAGGUAUGAUCAAAGGUUAUAGCGGAGUUUUUCGUCUUGGUGAAGCCACUUCAACUUUAGACGCUGACUCUCCUGUGAUUCAGCGAGAGUCUUGGGAGCAUAUAAAAGAUGAUGACAUUAAGAAAGCUUUGACAUCAUUUCUUGGAGAAAUAUGGCAAGUUCCACCAAUGUUCUCUGCGAUAAAAGUUGGAGGCGAGAAGAUGUACGAGAAGGCAAGAAGAGGAGAAACCGUAGAGCUUUCUCCAAGAAGAAUUUCGAUUUUCCAGUUUGACAUUGAACGCAGUUUAGAUGACAGACAAAAUCUGAUAUUUCGGGUUAUAUGCUCUAAGGGUACAUACAUAAGAUCUCUCUGUGCAGAUCUUGCGAAAGCUCUUGGAAGUUGUGCUCACCUCACUGCUCUCCGGCGAGAUUCAAUCGGUGAAUAUUCUGCUAAUGAUGCUUGGGAGUUCAACGAGUUAGAAGCAGCAAUCACAAAAAACUACUUCUAAAGGAAAAGAACUUUUGCUUUGCUAGACGCUUCCAUAGAUGAUCAUAGAAGAUCCAUCAAUUGUGGAUUCUUGGCGACAAACAACUUAAAAGGUUACACAGGAUUACAUAGAUCAUUGAUUGUUCCUU